GUCAGUUGGUCAAGUCGCGAUGAGUGGCGACGUGUGACGGUCAGGCCGGGUCGCGAUGGACGACGACGACUGGUCUUGGAAGUUCCCCUUCAAGAUGACAAGUGGUGCAAACUCUUCAGAAUCUUUUGUGCCCUCAAAAAGCUCUAAAAUAGAUGACAACUACUUGAGGGAACUGAAUGAGGACUUAAAGAUAAGGAAGCAGGAACUCCUAGAGAUGCUAAAACCUCUAGAAGAUAAGAACAACCUCUUAUUCCAGAAGUUAAUGUCUAACUUGGAGGAAAAACAAAGAAGUCUGCAGAUCAUGAGGCAGAUCAUGGCAGGGAAGAAAUGUGAUAAAUCCUCAGUUGUAGAGCUCAUUAAGGAAGCAGAGGACAUGAAACAGAACCUGGAAAGGAAAAACAAGAUGCUUCAGAAGGAAAUGGAGAUGCUAUGGAACAAGUCAUCGCAGAUAGAAGAACUCCAUGAUCAACAAAAAGCACCACAGAUCAAAAACAAGGCAGACUUGUACGAUGGAAAAAAGGUAACCAAGAAUGAACUGGAGUUACCACUUGCAGAGAAAGUGAAGGAAAUAAGGAUGGAGAAAAGAAACAGGAAAAUGGAAUGGGUCAAGUAUCAGGAACAAGCCAACACCCUUCAGAAUGACUGUCAUGGAAAAGUGAUUGAAUUGAGAAUUGAAGCCUCAAAGAACUAUCAGAAGGCUAAUGACCUGAAAUUAUCACUGUACUUACAGCAGAAUUUUGAGCCAAAGCAAGCAUUUUUAAAUCUUCCAUGAUCCCAAGGUACUAUGGACACUACAACUACGGGCAAAACAUCUUUCGACAGAAAUAAACCCAAUGUGAGAAUUCUGGGAUUAAAAACCUGCACAGAACAACAAGAUGCUAAAGAAAGUCAAUGUGAUGAUGUAGUAGGUAGGCUCUUUUUUCUGAGGUCACUGCCAGAUGACACUCAGAAGGAUUACAAGGCUUUCACUCCAUUUGCUUUGGAGAGAUUUAAAGACUAGGCAUAGCCAUUUGUGUUCAUUAAAAUUUCUCAAACCUUUGUUUUACUGCUAUUUUCCUCUUGCUCCCCCACCAAUCUGGAUGGAAAUGUUAGAUGCUUGGCCUUAAGCGUGUCAGAAAUUUAGUCAUCUAGGGAUUAUAAACAGCCUCUGACUAUUUUGUUCACUUUCAGAUUUGAGAUGACUAGAUUCAAACCACACUGCAUGUAGUUAAAUUUUUAAACAGGAUUCUUCCUUACCUAUGAGGUAUUUAGUGUUGGGCAGACACACGGCUGGCAAAUGAGUAGUACUGACAAAAUGAAGAAAAUCAUAUUCUCUAGACUGCUGUUACUCUCUCACCAGCCAGAUCCAACUGCCCUGUUGAUUCUACCUCCUUGCUCAGGCCCUCUUUCUUGCCAGGAUUACCACAGCCUUUUAAUUAGCUUCCCUGCUUCCAGUCCCCCCAAUCCAUCUUCUGCAGCACUACUGAACAUAUUGUUUUAGAAAGAGAAAUGAGAACUUGUCACUCCGCUAUUGGUUUUUCACUGACUUUAUUAUAAAGUCUAAACUCCUUUGCAUACCAUAAAUGAUCUGCCUCCUGCCUCCUUUCUCAGACUCAUCUUUCAUUUUCCCCUUCCUUCAUAUAUCUUACAUCGAGCUCUUACAGUUCCUCUGAACUGCCAUGACCUUUAUUAUCUUCAUGCACAAAGCUGAAAGAUUUUUGUGUCCUUGUCUGUUUCACAAUUGCCUAUUUUGCUUAAGGACUGAGUUUAGUGCUCUUCUACCCCAAUUAUUCUCAAUUCUGUAUAUUAAAAUUUCCUAGUGGGCUUUAAAAAAUAGCAUUUCAGGGCCGGGGAUUUAGCUCAGUGGUUCUACCACCUGCCCA